AUGGCUACGAAGGUCCAGCAAAUGUAUGAAUAUCCGCCUUUCGCUAAUCUAUUGAAGCAUUCGGUGUCCCAAAAGACUGCGUCUGCAAACGACAAGAAUGACUACUGCCUGAUGGCGUCUUGCAAUGCAAACGGAUCUCCGUGCAUGAACAAGGUUGUCUUACUCGACAUACUAGCUUCUGAUCCCAGGAUCUUACUCUUUGCAGGACAAGUAAAGAACGCCGAUUUGAUGGCAGUCUGCAAGGUCUCUCCUUCACAUGAGAUCCAUGUAUCGCGAGGAGACGAUGUGUUUAUAUUGUCUGGAAAGAUAAACGUUGUUGCAAGCCAUGUGGUUUCUUCAAGGUUUCGUCCACCAAGAUUGAUUCAACUGCCAGAUGACGCUUCAGAUCCAGACGAGUUUUGGGACAAUGAAAGACUACGACAAUGGAAAAAGUUGAACCAAGGAUUUAGGUCCACUUUCACCUGGCCGAAUCCAGGAGAAAUUGCAAAACCUCGCUUCUCGCAUCUCAUAAGCACAGUAGACGUUGGAUUCCGAUAUCUCAAACUCGACGCAAUUACAGAGACAAAGACACCACAAUCAUCGAUUAUGGGAGCUCCUGGUGUUGCUGGGAAUAAUGGGAAGGAAGGCGCUCGAAAUAAUCUAGGAGGGAUGAUUGGGUCCACGAGCGGCAUACCGCUUUCGAGAGAUGAAGAACUUCGUAUGGUGCAUGAUGCAGCUUUAGACAACUUUGCUCUCUUGGUCUUUAAGAUAACACGAGUAGACCAUCUCGACCAGUCGGAAAUGCCGCCUAGGCGAACACUGUUUGAAAUGUCAAAAGAUGGAACAUGGAGCUUCUCUGAAAUCAACCCAUAG